CCCGCCCACUGCUGGUGACGCGCCGGCGCCUGCGGGCCUAUGGGUGGCAGCGGGAGCGGCGGGCCGUGCGCGGCGGCGGCGAGCGGUUGAUUUUUAUUUUAAUACAAACCAGUGAAGAUGACACCAAAACACGAAAAGCAAGAAUUUGUAACUGUCUUGGUGCGAGACCCCAGGACACAGAAAGAAGAUUCAUGGCAUUCUUACAUAGACUAUGAAAUAUUUAUUCAUACAAACAGUAUGUGCUUUACAAGGAAAACAUCCUGUGUUAGACGACGCUUUCGAGAAUUUGUUUGGCUUCGGCAGAGGCUUCAGAGCAACGCAGCACUUAUACAGCUACCUGAGCUGCCGUCUAAAACUCCCUUUUUCAAUAUGAACAAUCCUCACCACGUGGACCACCGCCGGCAGGGUCUGCAAGAAUUCCUGGAAAAGGUCCUACAAGACGCAUUAUUGCUUUCAGACAGUAGGCUUCACCUCUUCUUACAGACUCAGCUGAGCCCAGAAGACAUGGAGGCUUGUGUGUCGGGACAGACCAAGUACUCCGUGGCUGAUGCGAUUCAUAAGUUUGCCUCUUUGAACAGACGUUUUCCUGUAGAAGAUGAAGAGAGAAAAAAAGGAAGAAACGAUGCAGACUCUGAUUCAGAGAGUUCAUCCUCCGGGCUCGGACCUAGUGGUGACAGUAUUUCAUGUGGAUGUAAAGCAAGGCCAGCUUCUGAGGAAUCAUGAAAAAUCAUUCCUGUGUUGCGAUCUUAAGGACAGCACAGAGCAGUUUCUGCCCCGUUUACUGGUUACGUUUACCAUGUAAACGUGGCUGGCUGGUAAAGCGUACCUAAAAGACGCGUUGUCAAUACGACCAUAUGUCCUUACAAAAUUUUCAAAACAGACCUUGAUACUAUUGCUUUGUUGAUUUAUUAUGUAUGUUGAGUCAGAUCUACAUGCUACCUAUUACAUUUCAUUUUUGGGGACUAUUAAAAUCUCAGUAUUGAGUAAGUCAUGCUCUGCUGACAUACGUGGCAGUUAAAAUAUUUUCCCCUAGUGAGUGCAUGUCUCACUAAAAUAAAGAUAACUUAAUUCCUCAGCUUAAAAGUUGGUGUAUCAUAUCGAAUAUAUUCAAAGCAUCUUUUUGCAAUUUGCAUCAGAGAAGUUUCAUCUGUAGAAGUCAUUUGACAUUGGUGAUGAAAUUACAUACCCCACAAGGUAUUCACUUUUUAAAGUAGCUCAGCGACAUCAGCAAAACAACACUUGUACAAACUAUAUGCUGCUGACAAUUUGAGAUAUAAAUAUAUCUUCCCCUGGUCUUUCUGUAGGGUUUAUGGAAAGCUUGGUUUUAUCAUGCAUAAGAACCGAAGGCCAAAAUUCUUGAGCAUGGUGGCUUAGAAUGUAGAAAUAUUAAUAAAAAUGACAUCACUUCUAGGCUCGCUGGAGAUUCUCAGUUCCCAGGGAAUUAUGGACCCUCAUUCCCAGUGACAAUCCUGGAUGCAGUCCAUUGAAACCAGUGGCCGAAUUUUGCAUCGACCUUGGUAGGGCCAGGAUUUCCCCCAGCAUGUUUAGCUUGAGGCAUCUAUGUUUGAAGAUGCCGGGAGAGAUCUUUUAGUUUAGCAGCUGGAACAAGGGAGUCUCUCCCUCUCUGAAACGAGAGUCACGUAGCUCUGACACCGUAGGGAUGUGGACCUCUUCACUCUUCGGGAGUAACAGGAGCUGCUGGUUGCAUUGUGGCCGGAGUUAACGCCUUGGAAUAGCUUCGUUCACAAACAAAAGGCAGGCUUGAACACAACUUCAUAACCACCACCACUUAUUUUGAUUAAACGUCCGUUUUGCUCUUCAUCGUUAACAGCAGCUGCGUAGUGUCUUGUCCCAGAUUCUGUCAAAGGAAUAUAUUUCACUGGGGUGUUGUAUUUAUAUUUGACAUUUAACUGCUAUUAAAAAGAGCUAGGGGGUCUGAUCACCCUAGCAAAGCUCCCAUUAACUUCAGUGCUGUAGUUACCGAUCUAGAAAUGUGUAUAUAUUUUUUUUAUUAUUAUUUUUUUUACAAGUUCUGUGGAUACUUGCAAAGAAGGAGCAUUUUAAACCCAUGAAUUACGGAAACAAUAGAUUAUUAAAUGUCCAGUUAAUAAAGGGUAGCAUUGUGGGCAUGCUUUUUUAAGACAUCCAGCUGGAAAUCUGUAUAAUUUUAAAAACAUGUUUUAUUAACCCAAUAAUAACAUCUCUUAGGUAACAAUUUAAGCCACUGUAUUUAGUUGAUGGGUAGCGCUUUUGUAAGAUAAAUAUCCUUGUUUCUUUUUGCUUGGUCUUACUGAAUUGCACAAAUGUAUCUAUUCACUUUCUCAGCUUGUGUGUGAGUCAGCAACACUAUUUUAAUGUAAAAGUAGUAACAAUUAAAGCAACAAAUAAUCACUAAAAAUAGGUUAAAAAAUAGCUGUUAUUGCCAGGCAGAGAUUUUGAUUACUUGACACUUUUUUUUUAUCCCACACUAAAAUGGCACAUUACAAGAAAAUAUGGUUUAACACAUUUAUUUAAAAGAUGGGGAAAAUAUAACCCCAAAACCUGGAAUAAUGCCUGACAAAGAUAUUAAUGUUUUUAUUUAAUGCAAUGCCAGGGUAGUGGCAUUUUAUUUUGUUUUAAAAUAUUGAGCUAAACUGUUGAAGCACUUUACAAUUCUGGCCUACUAACACCUCCUCAAUAUCUGACAAAAAUUACAGAAAUACAAGGCUGGGAGAGUCUUUGUGGCUAUUUUUUAUUUUCUAAUUCUGGAGCAUAUCUGUGUGCCAGUGAGUGUUUUCCAAAUGAAGAUGUUUCAGAAAUACUUGUUUUCUAAUCGUUCUAUUUUGUUCUGUUAUUUACUUUGUCACCCUGUCCAAAAAUUCUAAGACUAAUACAGCAGAACUUUCUUCCCAGUUUUGACAGAAAUUUGUAAUUUGUUUAAAUAUUUUUGAUUGUUGUUUGUGUAGCUAGUGUUACUGGAAUUUUUCUUACUAAAAGGGAAGGAAGAUAUAUUUCGUGCUUUCUAGUAUGUCUUUUGCAUCAGCUCUAUGUAACUGCACUUAAAUGCUUUAAGACAUUUUGUCUAAUUUGGAACAUUAAAUGUUGCUGUUGCAAAUUUAAAUGUAAAAAAAAAAUAUUUUGAUGUCUUUUGUGACAUCAAUGAUUUGGUGAUUUAUUUUUUUUUAUACACUGUCAUAUGUUUUGAUCACUGGUAUUUUGAGUCUCAUUUUUUUGUUUUGAAUAACGCUGGUAUUUCCGGCUUUUUUUUUUUUAACAGGCUAAUAUCUAGUUUAUGAUAUCUAAUUAUUACUGCUAAUUUAGAUCUAAUUGCAGUAAUUCUGCACUGAAAAGCUUCGCUUUAUCUUUUGCUUAAACUUUAUAUUCUCCUUUUUAUGAUGAUUUCUUAAAAGCUUUUGUCAUUAAAUAAAACAAGUUACAACUGUCUUGUGUUUAAA